AUGCUCCCAGUUCCUCUCAUCCAGCUCCAGUGCGGGGUCAACUCGUACGAAUGGGGAAAGAAGGGCAACUCGUCGCGCGCCGCCCAGUUUGCUGCUGCCUCUCUUGAUCAAGGCGAAUUCAAGAUUGAGGACGAGAAGCCAUAUGCGGAGCUAUGGAUGGGCACACACCCGUCCAACCCGUCCAAGGACAAACACACUGGCCGCACCCUCCUCGACCUCGUCCAAGAUAACCAAGCUCUCCUCUCCUCCGCCAUCGCCGAGCGCUACGAGAACAAGCUUCCCUUCCUCUUCAAGGUCCUCUCCAUCCAAAAAGCCCUGUCCAUCCAGGCCCAUCCCAACAAGAAACUCGCCGAGAAGCUGCACGCCCGCGACCCCAAGAACUACCCCGAUGAUAACCACAAGCCCGAGAUGGCCAUUGCCAUCAGCGACUUCGAGGGUCUCUGCGGAUUCCGUCCGUUGAAGGAGAUUGCCCACUUUCUCGACAAUGUGCCUGCUUUGCGACAGCUGGUAGGCGAGGAGAAGGCCAAGCAGUUUGUCGAGACCGUCAACAAGAACGAUGGAAACGAAUCGGAGCAGGUUACGGCUGAGAACAAGAAGGUGCUACAAAGCGCUUUUGAGGCGCUCAUGUCUACGUCCGAGGAGGACAUGACUGCUGCCGCCGAGAAGCUCGUCGAGUCAGCCAAGAGCUCUGGCGCUGAUUUCGCCGGUACCGCUGCGCCCACGCCGGGUGGUGCCAAGCUCUCUGAGCUCGUCGGUCGUCUAUACGGACAGUUCGGCGCUGACUACGGCCUCUUCGUUCUCUUCUUCCUCAACUUUGUCGAGAUGAAGGCCGGCGAAGCCAUCUAUCUGCGGGCAGACGACAUCCACGCCUACAUCAGCGGCGAUAUCAUCGAGUGCAUGGCCAGCAGCGACAACGUGGUGCGCGCUGGCUUCACCCCCAAGUUCAAGGACGUCGACACCCUCGUGAACAUGCUCACCUACGACUAUGCGCCCAUUGAGAACCAGAAGAUGGAGGCUACCGAUUAUACCAAGGAUGUCAAGGGCAAGCGCGAAGCUGGCGCGACGCUCAACCAAGCUGCGAUCGACUCGCAAUCAGAGACCACCGAGUAUAACCCACCAAUCGAGGAGUUCAGCGUCGUCCGCUCCGUCCUCAAGAGUCAGGGCUCCAAGGUCACCUUCAACCCCAUCGAUGGCCCAAGCAUCAUCAUUUGCACCAGGGGUCAAGGCAAGAUUUCAGUCGGUCCCAAGGUGCAGGAGAUCAAGAUGGGCCAUGUUUUCUUCAUCGGUGCUACGGCCGAGUGUGUGCUCGAGAGCGAGGAUAACGAGUUUGAGACUUUCAAGGCCUUUUGCAUAUUGGAUGAGCAAAGGAAUUGA